GUUUUGUUUUGUUUGUUUGUUUCAUUAUGUUUUUUUUUGUUUUGUUUUGCUAAAAUUUUAGUUUGUUUGUUUGUUUGUUUGUUUGUUUUUGUUUUGUUUUGUUUUGCUAAAAUUUUAGUUUGUUUGUUUGUUUUUGUUUUGUUUUGUUUUGCUAAAAUUUUAGUUUGUUUGUUUGUUUUUGUUUUGUUUUGUUUUUGUUUUGUUUUGUUAAUUUUCCUCUUAUUCUUGAUUUCCUCCACAAUCUUUACUUGUUAACGGACAUAAAUUUUAACUGCCUAAUUAGCAAGCAUGAAUGAAGAAAAUUAAACUUUAAUUAAACACAAAAACAAAAGCUUCUUGUUUAAUUAAAAAAGACUGAUACAGUUCGCAAGUCUUUAAUUCAGUUUAAAAUAGCAACGAAAAUAGAAGAGAGCGCGCAAGUAAAUGGACGAAAAGAAAAUGCAAAUUAAAUUAAAUAUUUCUCUUUAAUAAAAAAGAAAAAUAGAGAGAAAAUAAAAAAAACAGAUGUUCAGUAAUUCAUAAUUUAUUUAUUUCUGCUUCUGUAAGGAUUGAAAAAAAAACGUUUGUUUAGAUAAAGAACAUUUGAAAAUAUGAGGGAUCGAAUGACUCUAUGUGUUCACUUUUGCACAAUCCUCUGCUUGAUUGCAUCCUUAGCAAGUACUUUGGCUGGUUUAUUUGGAACUGCUUGGUGGACGAGAGAAUUAGAUGCUGUAGGAGAAACUAUAAAAGAAGAAAAAGGAAUUCUACGACAGUGUGAAACAAGAAACGGUGCGCAAAUUUGUGAAUAUAGGGAGAAGAUAUUAAAGUUUGAAUACUUAACCAGCGAAGAAGAUAUAAAACCAGAUAUAAUUUUGGUGCUGCUCUUGACAUCUCUAUUGUUCUGUUCAAUCGCAGCUGUAAAUGGUAUUGUUCUUCUGUGUUGUCGUCGCAGCAAAACCUUCUGGAGAUGUGGAACAGCAUCGGUUACAAUUCUUGCUAUGAUAGGAGCUUUGUCAGGUUUUGGUGGAAUCAUAUACACUGAAGUAAGAUCGCCAGAAAAAUUUGGAUACCAAGAUGGAUGGUCCAGUAUACUGGGCUGGUUAGGUUCAGCUAGUCAGUUCAUUGGAUCCAUAUUAGCAAUCAUCAUUCUAUGCUUCCCACCAAAAGGACAAGAUGGCGGACAUAUUAAUGUGAGGCCACAAACAAACUAUCCGGUAUUUGUGGAGAGAACUGGUUAUGAUCCCAAUUCGCAUUUUAAUGCUGGUUACCACAUGGACGAUGAUCCUAAUACCCUUUCUGCUCAACGGAAAAAGUUUCCAGAAAUUCGUUCUACAAUUCAAAGUGGUGUGAACCCUAAAAAGGGUUACGAAUUACGCUAACUGUGGUGAAUAUAAAAAAGCAUAUGAAGCUGUGAGCGGAAGUAACAUUACAGAAUCAUGAAAAGUUACUUUGUGCGAAGGUUCCGUGAGAAACAACCAACAAUUCCUUCAUAUGGGUAUUGUAAACGAUAAGAAGAAUACUUUAGAAAUGUGUUUUGGAAAUAAUGAUCUUUUAUAAUGACAUGCGGCGUAUUCAACCAUAUAUGUACGAUCUACGGGGGAGUGUUGUGUCAUUAUAAUGAUCUCGAUAAAAUCUUAAAGCGAUUACUAAUAGUCCAAUUUAAAAAUAAGUUUUACGAUAUGACUCAGAUAUGCAUGGUAAAUAAACUAGACGUUUAUGUUAUUAUUUAUAAUUUUUUUUUUAGAAUGUAUAUUAUUUUUAAUUGACAUACAAAAUAAUCGUA